AGAAAGCUCACCAUCAGGAUUCAGGCGCACAGCAGACAGCAGCAUUGCAAUGGCGGGAACCGAGCAGAAGCAGCUCCUAGCUCUGAUUCGCGACUUCGCCUCUGAGAAACCGCAAGGAGAGAGAAGACUGUUUGGUUCGAAGAAACGAGAUCAAGACCCCCACUCCGAGCUUGAAAUUGUGGAUGCGGAGGUGGACCAGGCUAAGCGGUUCAAGGAGAAUGCUGAACAGAAGCUCAAAGGCUACGAGAUUGAAUUAUCCAUGCUUGAUGCUUCGGUUCAGACGAUGCAGUCGAGAAAUUCUCUGCUCCAGAAUCAAAUCUCCGCAGCCGGAUCUGAACUGGAGAAGCUUAAGAACCAAAGAGGAGCUUUACGGGAUGAUUUCAUUCGCCAGAUGUUGGAGGUCAACUCUCGGUUAAGGAAUUUCCACCAGAUGGUAUCAAGUGAGACUGCUGCAGAGAAGACAGGUACUGAAGUUGAUCAAGGAAAUCUUGAUGCUAUGCUUACACAAGUCAAUUCUGAGAUAGCAAAGGAGGCACAAGCAUACCAAGCUGAGGAAAAUGUUCAGAAGCAAAUCCAGCUGGAGUAUGGUGACCUUGAGGGGAAGAUUUCUUUGGUAGAGAUGAUAAUGAAAGAGAGUGAAGCAUUGCAGGAUUUAAGAAGAUAUCCUUGGUUCUAUCUACAGAUUUUCCAUCUUUCUUUUAGAAUUUGAUGGAUUCUAGACUGUGUUCUUAGAAUUAAAAAAAAAAAAAACCUAUAGAGGUUUCACUCUAUAAAUCCAAUUCUAUUGAGGAGCAUAUCAUCUUUCAGUCUUGACCCGCCCUAAACUACCGUUCUUAUCAAGAAAUGCCUAAUGAAACAUGAUUCUUUAU